AGAGAGGGCAGCGCGCGGGAGGCUGAGGGCCCGCGCUUCGCGGUCACUAGGCAACAGGCGCCUUAGCAACAGAGAGGGGGCGGGACCUAGAGAGGAAGUCGGAAGCAACGACUAAGUCUCGCGAGAGCUGCUUUUGAGCGCGAACUCCAAGUGCGAGGGUCCCUGGAGUAGGUCUGGGCUGAGCUCGGUGCUGACCCCCGGGGACGCCGCGGCUCCAGCGGGUUGGACGCCUUCAUCGCCCCGCCAUGGAGACCUCAGCGCAGCCGCAGCCUGCGGCGUCCAAGAUCCGGAACCUGCCCUGGGUUGAAAAAUACCGGCCACAGACACUGGGCGAUCUCAUUUCUCAUCAGGACAUUUUGAGUACCAUUCAGAAGUUUAUCAGUGAAGACAGACUGCCACACCUGCUUCUCUACGGUCCUCCGGGGACCGGAAAGACGUCCACCAUCCUGGCCUGUGCCAAACAGCUGUACAGAGAUAAAGAGUUUGGCUCCAUGGUCUUGGAGCUGAAUGCUUCAGACGACAGAGGAAUAGACAUCGUUCGGGGACCAAUCCUGAGCUUUGCUAGCACAAGGACAAUAUUUAAGAAAGGCUUCAAGCUGGUGAUCCUGGAUGAGGCGGAUGCUAUGACUCAGGACGCCCAGAACGCCCUGCGGAGAGUGAUCGAGAAGUUUACUGAAAACACCAGAUUUUGCCUCAUCUGUAACUAUCUGUCCAAGAUCAUCCCCGCUCUGCAGUCGCGGUGUACAAGGUUCCGAUUCGGUCCCCUGACCCCUGAGCUCAUGGUCCCACGCCUGGAGCACGUCAUAGAAGAGGAGAAAGUGGAUGUAAGUGAAGAUGGAAUGAAAGCGCUUAUAACUCUCUCCAGCGGAGAUAUGCGGCGGGCUCUGAACAUUUUGCAGAGCACCAGCAUGGCCUUUGGGAAGGUGACCGAGGAGACUGUCUACACCUGCACAGGGCACCCGCUCAAGUCAGACAUCGCCAACAUCCUGGACUGGAUGUUGAAUCAGGACUUCACCACGGCCUACAGAAAUAUCAUGGAGCUGAAGACUCUGAAGGGGCUGGCGUUACAUGACAUCCUGACGGAGAUACACUUGUUUGUGCACAGAGUUGACUUUCCAUCUUCAGUUCGAAUACACUUAUUGACCAAAAUGGCAGACAUUGAGUACAGACUGUCUGUGGGCACCAACGAGAAGAUCCAGCUGAGCUCCCUCAUUGCGGCUUUUCAGGUCACCAGAGACCUGAUUGUCUCCGAGGCCUAGGCGCUGAGGACCGUGUGCUGGUCUCAGGCCCAGCAGCAACUAGAGAACAGGGGCCUUGGUUACAGGAGGAACUGCUGCCUGCGUCAGGGGAUGAAGGCAGUCACCCAAGACAACUGUAAGGCUUUCCCCUCUAGCUGCUUGCGUGACAGGAAGCUAGCCUACUCCCGGUCACUUUGGACUAUAAGGCUUUCAGAUCCAACAUGGCCCAUGUGUCUUUCAACUCAAGAUAAAAACAGAACAUCUCCAAAAUCACGUACAGUCUGUGACACUGUCUCUACUUCAUGAGCAGAUGUGAACAGAUUUCUGUUACACUCAUAAAAUGGACUCGAUUCUUUUCCUUUCAAAACUGGUCUUUUUAUUUCUCCUCUUGAAGCAGAGGACUUACUAGCAGGUUCCUAAUUGUGGGUGGACAGGAGAGAAAACUUUUCAUUUUUAUGCCAUCAGGGGCCAGAAGUUGUAUAAUACUCGCGUACUUACUGCAGGGGGCGGGGGAAGAGGAGGGACCACAAGAUUGAGC